UUGUGCUCAUAUCUAAUCAGCAUCAGCCACAAUGUCAGUCAAACUCGAGGGUUUGUCCGCUCCUCCGUACUUUUAAAUAACUGCCAACUUUGGAAAUUUUAAAUUUUCUACUCAACAAAUUGGAAAUUUUGUAAUUUCCAGUGGUUCAAGACUGUAUCCCACUAGUCUACCUUGGGGUGAGUACAAAUUACUAAAGAAAGGAAUUGUUAUGUCGGACAAAAAAAAGCUCGAGUCAUCCACCGACGACGAUCAUGGAGUUGCUAAAACGAUAGGAUGCAAUGAGGACGAAGAGGUUUCAAAAGUUGGAGAAAUCUCGAAGGACAAGUUUCUUGACAAAUUGGGCUUGGUCGCAAUAUCGAAACAAGAAAAGGAAGCAAUUCCGUCGACUUCAACGUGUGCAGUGAUUGAUUUUAUAGUUCCGAAUUUCAACAGAAGUAUUGUUAACAAUGAUGUGCAACAACAACCACCUUUCAAGAGAACCCGAUAUAAUGAAUUACUACUUAUGAGUGAUGAUAACGACGAUGAUGACGACUUCGCCACUUUCGAAUGCCCUGUCAUACCUGGACAAAAUAAUCGGAUAGAUGAAAUGGAAAAGUUUUUCAGAAAAAGAUUUACUGACAUUGCGAUGAGAGAAACGGCAGUUGAAGAACGAAAUAGUAGUCAUCCGUCGUGCAGCAGUAAUCCCGACAAUGUUGUUGAAGCAGAUAAGACUACCGGCCUUGACAAUUUACCACCAAUCAAAGAACCUUCUCCCCACCAACAACAGGAACAGCACGAGAGUGACGAAAUGUCAUUGUCACCACAGGAAUCUUUCAGUUUUAACAAUUUGCAAGCCAUUAGAGCAUCAACUGCGGUUGCUGUUCCUUCCUCGGAUCUGGUCAAACCUGUGUAUAUAUUUGGAGGCAAGGAAUACGUGGCGUUGGCAGAUUUUCCCCAUUUAAGAUGCAGUGAAAACCAACAUCAUUCCAGUACCACACCAACAGCAUCAAUCCAGCAUCAUUUCAGCAUUAGACCAGCAGUAUCUCACGAGGAUUAUGCGAGUUUUAGAAUACCUGCACGACGAAACCCUCAUCCCGACAUAAUCUCACGUCGUCCCAUUUCUCCCGAUUAUAACAUCCACCACCCCCUACCAACGGCGGCUGACCGCAGCAGGUCGCCGUCUUCGAUGGCAAGUUCCGUGAUUGCUUCUGCAUUGGCCAGCCUAAACAGUAUAGCUCGUAACAACUCAGAGCCUUGGACAUUACCGAGGGCAGACACGCCUGAUCAUCGUCAAGUUUCAAGAGCAAGACGUCUAAUUGAAUUAGAAGACACUGAAUUGCUUGGAUCCCCACCACAUCAUCGUAAUAAUAAUAACAAUAAUAAUAGCGACGGAGCUGUUGAGGAUGACGCUGUAGCUGCUGAUGCCACCGAAGAAGAAUUUAGCGAGCUGGAAGUUGCAUCGGAUUCUGACCUACCGGAAAAUCCGAUUGAAAAUUUUGAUUCGACAACCGACUCCCCAACAGUCGAUGUUCAAACUGCAGCUGCUACUCAAGAUGAAGAUGACGUUGAAAGUGAAAGUGGGGUUCAUGUUUUUGGCAGGAACGGGUUUUAUAUUCGUACUACAGAUUCGGAUGGCAAUGAUUCCUCGAAUAACGAUACUACGAUUGAAACAAAUUCGAAAUUCCACUCUUCUAAACUGACUCCCAAGAAGCAUCCAUGUGCACAGUGCGACGCAAGCGUUCUUUCAAUAUUCAUUUAUUGUCUCCGCUGCUUCAGAAUUCGAAGAAAUUGGCUCCCAAAACGUCCACGUGCACGGCGAUUAAAGAAACGCAAGCAGCAGAUGAACCGUAGAAUUGACGUAGACUCGCUAAUGAUGACCACCACAAGUAGCACCACUCGACGUGGGGACCCAUGUCUUGGUCAAGUUCAAUCACCACGUAUUAUCCUGGACCGUGUAGAUGAUCCUCAUCACCAUCGAUUCCUCCCAUCGGACCGCAACAUUGAUCUCAACACUGCCUUCCUCGUGUCUGAAGAUAACCCUGGACUCGAUCGACUGCACCCUAUUACACCCCCUGGAAGUAUUACAAUCUGCGAAUUGCUCACUCCUCCAAGCUCAGAAGCUAUGGGGGAAGAUGAAAGGUCAGAACUUAAAUGCAUUUUAGGUUUAGAUCUUGACCAACCUCACACAAGUGAGUCGCACCCUACUUCAUCUGGCGUUGAUCAACAGGGUAGCAAACCGGAUAAGAAAACUUGUAGCUCAAUUGAUAGCAGCGACACAUGCUACAUUUGUUUUACGAGGCGAAAGAAUUCCGCCUUCGUGCACAAUAAGAUCGCACAUUUCUGUUGCUGUUACACUUGUGGAGAUAAAAUUCUCAAGAGGGAUGGGAAAUGUCCCAUAUGUAGAGAAAGGGUAUUGAGGCUAGUUAAAGUAUUGGAUGUGUAAUUUAUUUAUUUAAGGAACUCUAGCCUAUAUAUUAUGUAUUUUUAUUUAAACUCAAUCAGAAGACAACAUUGUUUGCCAAAGUAAGAGUACAAGAUAAAAAGAAACUUAAGUUGUAUAUAAGUUGCAUGGUUGUAAGUAUGUUGUAUGUAAGUUGCAUGUAAAUAUUCAGAUAAAUGAGUUAAGUACGGAUCAAAUAAAGUAUUCACAGAAUGCUAGUUGUUUUUGGUGGUAAUUGGUGCUAGAAUAGUGUCAUUCAUAUUGUACUGUGAUAGUUUUCACAACUAGUUAAAAUCUUAGUUCACUGAAGUAAAAAAAAAUGUCUGAACGAGUCACGUAGAUUGUAGGACAAUCCAGAAAAAAUGUAUUUAUUUAUUUAAAUGAAAGUUAAAUAUUGAAAGUUAUACAAUACCAGGUAUUCGUGUAUUAAUAACCAUAAUUAAUAAACUCAUUGUGGAAACUCUAGAUUUUUGAAAAACGAAUAAAAUAUUUUCUUUUACUAA